UUCUGUUUAACACAACGUCCCAACUUGACUGGAAUUGGUAUUGGUAUGACUCAAUUGGCGCGAAUCCCAGACGUUUGUCAGGGCAGCAGAGUACUGUAUCGGCAUCAGCAUGUGCGGACACACCUGAAAAGUUCUCCUUAUGGCCGCACGGGGGCAGUGGCGUUGCUUUCGGGCCUUUUGGGCGCGUGCGCAGUGGGCACCUCCCCUCCGCAACCCUCGCCCCUCCCCCUCUUUUUCUGCAGCAUCAGUACCACUUUCUCUUCUUCCUCCCUCUCUCUCCUCCUCCUCGCCGCCCCUCCCCCAGUCGCUCGUCCCGCUGCUGCGUUGCGGCCCACACUGUGACCGCACCGAGGAGGAAGAGGAGGACGAGGAGGAAGAGACCGCCGGGGGGGCAGCUGUGUUCCAAACCACACGAGGGGGGCCGCCAAAAAGAACAAGCGGACAAACAAGACGCCUCUCUCGCUCUUCCUCUCACUCUACUCUUCAUUAGCGACACAUCGCAAAGGGGGAAUUUUGCGGCGGGAAAACGACGACAGAGACCCCGACCCCCACCUCCCUCCCUCCCGGACGAGCCGUGUAAUAUUGUUCAUCUUCGAGACCCCCUCCCCCCCCCGGCCCCCGGACCCGCCGCGUACGUGGUCGUCGAGCAGCCAUGAAGGAUCGUACAGCGGAACUGCGGAGCGCUAAGGACAGUGAUGAUGAUGAAGAGGUGGUGCAGGUGGAUCGAGACCACUUCAUGGACGAGUUCUUUGAGCAGGUGGAGGAGAUACGCGGCUGCAUCGAGAAGUUGUCCGAGGAUGUGGAGCAGGUGAAGAAGCAGCACAGCGCCAUCUUGGCAGCGCCCAACCCUGACGAAAAGACCAAACAGGAGUUGGAGGAUCUGACGGCCGACAUCAAGAAGACCGCCAAUAAAGUUCGUUCAAAAUUAAAAGCAAUCGAGCAGAGCAUCGAGCAGGAAGAAGGUCUCAACAGAUCCUCGGCGGACCUCAGGAUCCGUAAGACGCAGCACUCGACACUGUCCCGCAAGUUUGUGGAGGUGAUGACCGAGUACAACACCACGCAGUCCAAAUAUCGAGACCGCUGCAAGGACCGCAUCCAGAGGCAGCUGGAGAUCACCGGAAGAACCACUACCAACGAGGAGCUGGAAGACAUGUUGGAGAGUGGCAAGCUGGCCAUCUUCACCGAUGAUAUCAAGAUGGAUUCCCAGAUGACCAAACAGGCCCUGAACGAGAUUGAGACCCGGCACACCGAGAUCAUCAAGUUGGAGAACAGCAUCCGGGAGCUUCAUGACAUGUUUGUGGACAUGGCCAUGCUGGUGGAGAGUCAGGGCGAGAUGAUCGACAGAAUCGAAUACAACGUGGAGCACUCCGUCGACUACGUGGAGCGAGCCGUGUCCGACACCAAGAAGGCCGUCAAGUAUCAGAGCCAAGCUCGCAAGAAAAAGAUCAUGAUAAUCAUCUGCUGCGUGAUCCUGGGCGUGGUCCUGGCGUCCACCAUCGGCGGGACUUUGGGCUUCUGAGCUUCCGGGGACGCCCGUCGCCGUGACGACGCCCGUCGCCGUGACGACGGCCAUCACCGCCGCCGCGACGACGGCCAUCGCCGCCGUGACGACCGCCUGCGGCAGACCGACGGGAGCUGGAGAAGAAAAAGCCCAAAAACUUGAACCACAAAUGCAAGAAGAUAACCAAUCAGCAAACGGGACACACUUGGGGUGGGCCGAGGUCCCAAAUUCCCACCAAAAGCAACACCCUCAAAUGCACCACGCUGUCAGUGUAGAGCGCGUAAACCAGCUCGCCAGCCGCCCACAAUUUACUUUGCUUCUUUCUUCUUUGGAGCAUCGCUUUCCUUUUUUUUUGUUUGUUUUUUUGUUUUGGAGUUUUGUUUUUUUUUUGUUGACGGGACGGUGAUGGCGACAGCGACGGUGGGCGUCACCUGCCAGGGAAAGUCCACCGGUGCCGUCCCGCACAAAUAGUCCUCCACGCUCCGACCCCGCCCCCAGACAAACAUGCCCAAUGGCUGUGUUCCGAAUCCCUCCCGAGUCACUAUUUCGCACAAGCUAUCGUGAAUGAGGGGCCAGUCAUUAGCGAGCAUGCUAUCAUUACUUUAGCCAUUUGACAUUCACCAUUUUUUUUUUCUGAACCUGUCCUCCGAUUUUCACUGAAAAACUCACACUCGGGCCAAAAGGAGUACAGUAUUGCUUUGGCGCCAUCUGUUGGUACCUUGGUGCUGAAGUGAGUUGAGGAGCUUUAUUUUGACAAAUGUAGCCCUUUGCCGCCAUCUUUUGGCAUCCGCAAUAUAUUAUAAAGUUACGUUAAAUAAUAGAUUUGUUAAUUGUGGUGUGAAAUUAUCCUCAAUAUAAGUAGAGCAAUUUGUUUACUCAACUACUCCAUUUACAACAAUAAAAAGUUACUCUAUUUAGUUGAUCAUAAUUCAUUACAAAAGGCGACAUUGAUCUCGUAAUAACAUCAUUACAUCGGGAAUCAUUCCCUACAUCCGAGUCACGACAAAGGGAUUUCUAGUGGACAUUUUAGGAACUAUCAAGGUCCCCAAUAUCGAAAUCCUAAUAUUUUGGAGUGACGGAUUCCCAACACAGCCAAAGCAUCCCGCGGGUCCUUCAUGACUCUGAGACGACCCCUCAUUGGUCACUCAUGUCAGUCAGCGCUCCACCCACGUUCACCCGAUUGAUUGGAACAAAAUCCGGUGUUUAUGUGACGGGGAGGGGGCCUCGGGGGGUCAUUUGAAGGUGGCAAGUUUUCACGGUAACACACCAAGCAAAGAGUAGGGAGGACGAGAGGCCUCGGGCGGGGCGGAGUCAAUGGCGGGGUGGUCAAUCUAUGCAGUUUAGAUUACAAGCGUGGCCGGCCCCGCCCUUUGACCGCAGCCCCGCCCACCUAAGUCUUGCAGCCAUGUUUUGUGGCGCUUGGUGCUCGUUUUACAUGACUGCCUCUUGUCACUUUCUGUUGACGUCACUUCCUGUUGACAUCGCCUGAGCCGUCUUUGUCGCUGCCUUCUCGACGAGUGCAACAAAGUUGCCCAGUGUGCUAGCUUUGCUCUAGCCUAGCCUUAGCAUUAGCAUAGUUUAUGUUAUCAAAGAUUCCAGACAGAGAAGGAAAAAGCCCACAAUCCAUCUUAAGAUGUUUCGCAGCAGGAAGCUACCGUCCUUCUUCAGUAGUAGAGUGAACUAAGGUGAAGCCGCACAUGAGACUUAAGGUCACUUUGCCCCAUAGUGCAACGAUAAGAAAACACAGUGAACUUCCUCUUAAAGAAUAUAAUGUGUUUGCGGCCUUGUUAUGUUUCUUUUUUUUUCACUCCAAACGGGGUGUUUGAAUUCCCAACAUACAAGCUUGGCACCAUUAGCUUUGUUAGCAUAGCGCAUGUCUAAUUGUUGUGGUUCUGUGAUGCUAAGGCCCGCCUGCCGCCGCUAGCAAGGCUAACUAGCCUAACAAGCACCGUAAUGCCACAGACGGCACUCGGCGUUCAAGCAAUAACGUCAGCUAGCGAUCGCUCCCUCGUUGCAUCAGCAUCGGCAUCGCAAGCCAUGCUACCACUAGCACGGAUCGCAGCGGCUCGGGCGGCAACAGGAAGUGGGAGACAGCGCUUUUGUUCAGUUUCUGCAUGUUGUGUAGUCUUUUGCGCUUUUAGCUGUGUGACGUUGUUGCGGCAAACAAAACAAAACAAAACAAAGCGUUUGUAGCCUGUUUUCUUUUCAUUCCCAAAACCAAAACCGACUUGCGCGUGCACCAAAGUUUUAUCGUGUUGUGUUGAAACCAAACGUGUCGGCCGCGCCUCCUCGCUCGCUCGCUCUCCUCCUGUCAGGUACUCAAGUCGCUCCUUUUCCACAGUUGUCGGUCAAGUCGGUUACGCCGGGACGUCUUAGUUUGUCUACGCCGCCAUCAUCGUCCCUCGACAAACGCAAACAUGGCGGCACGAAGGAAGGAGAAGUGUGUUCAAAAUUGACCACUCAUUACCGACUCCCCGAUCACUACAAAGUGAUUUUCAGUGGACAUUUUCGAAACACUCUAUGUUCCCUCGACAAAAUGGUGUGCAGUACAGGUAUAUUGUGAUUUGGGAGUCAGGGAAUGAGUGAAUGACUCUGAACAUCAUUGCUGUGUUCGGAACCAUUUACUAAUUCCAGAGGCAUUUUCGGCUUAGGAACCAUCUAGGUCAGGGGUCUCAAACUCAAUUUAUGUGGCAAUGGCUGGAGAUCGAGUCUGGGUGUGUCUCAGUUGCAUGAAGUAUACCAUGUCUCCUGUUUUUUUUUUUAAAAAAAGGCAUGACUGGGACAAGGUGACAGGAUAUCUUGUCCUUCCACUUCAAAACGUGUUGUCAUGAGCCCGAGUUAUGCGAGCUCAGGGGGUGGGGCCACACUAACAUUCGACUUUGAUGCCAAGAAGGGGGCCGAAAAAUCUCAUCCGGUGGGCCGCAAGUUUGAGAGCCCUGAUCUCGGUGCACUAUUUGAAAAUCUCCGCGUGGCGAGCGAGUCGGGACUGAGUGAAUGAUGCAUGAUGACGCAACGACGGUGUUCAGACACAUUCGCUCAUUCCCGACUCCUGAAUGACUACAAAGGGAUUUUCAGUUGACAAUUUAGGAACUAAUCGAGGUCCACUUGAUGAAAAUACCAAUAGAGAGUCAUUGGGAUUACGUGAACAAUUCUGAAGACACAGCCUCAGUGGUGUCCUUGGUAUUUUUGGAAAGAUGACAGCGUGGAUCAGGAUAUCCCCACCCCCUCCUUUCCUCUCUACGAGACCGCCUCCCUCCCAUCUGCUCCCCAAUAUCACUGCUUCUCCAAAAGGUGAAAAUAUAAGAAGUAAAAAAAAAAAAACAUGAAAGAAA